AGCCUGUGUUAUUUAUCAGCUUUCACAUAAUCAGAAGCAGACAUCGGUUGUUUGGUAUAGCACACUUCGAGAGGAAGCUGAACACUUAUGUUUUAGGCUGUUUGUAAGCUGUCAGUUGAAAUGUAGCAGUGAAAGUGCUUUCCUGAGCCGCAGACUAUGGAGGAAAAUACAACACAAGAUGAAAUUCACCAGGAAGAGAAAGACGGAUCGGAAAGCAGUGAAGAAGGGCAGACAGAUCUUAAGGAAAGAGAGUUGAGACUGGUGCUGCUCGGCUCAGAGGGUGCUGGGAAAAGCAGUGCGGUCAAUGCCAUCCUGGGUGGCUUGACAUCUGAGUCUGACUGUACCGGCCCUGAGACACCAGCCACCGACUGCCAGAAGAGACGUGUGGCGCUGGCAGGACGACAGGUGGCUGUCGUGGACACACCUGACUGCCUGUGCAUCGAGCGUCCCGCUGAGGACGUUCGCCGUCAGUUUUCGCUCUGUGCGGCUUUAUCGACCCCGGGGCCCCACGCUUUCUUGCUCUGUGUCUCUGUUCAUCGGCCCAGCAACCUGGAGCUCCAGAUUUUGGAGACCAUCGAGAAGGUAUUUGGCCCUGAAUCUGUCAGUAAACACGCAAUGGUGCUCUUCACUCGCAUGGACCGACUGCCUGAGGAUGUUUCUCUGGACGAGUAUCUCAAUACACAACGGCCUGACUUGCUAGAGCUUGUGCAAAAGUGCGGGGACCGACAUCACCCGCUGUGGCCGGGAUCCAGCGUGGAGGAGCUGUUCAUAAAAGUGGAGGAGAUGGUGGAAGAAACUGGGACACAGUUCUACACCUGCCCUCUGUUGCAGGAGGCAGAGAGGAGAGUGAAAGAGAAGGAGGAGAAGAUCUGGAGAAGCAGAAGAGAAGAAGGAGAGGAUGAUUUGGAGGGAAUAAGGGCCGAAGCAGAGAAAAGUGUGGACGAUUUGGUGGUUGAGGGAAUCGCAGAGCUCUGCGUCUCCCCACCUAACACCUCGUUCUUAUGCUGGUUGUGGGACAGUGUGGUCGGGUGGCUCCUGUGGCUCCCGAAUAUGGUGAGGGGCAGUGCUUUACUGGGGUCGAUCGUGGGGUUGUUCGUCGGGGGGCCCUUAGGAGGGGCCAUGGGAGCAGCAGUGGGCUCUGUGGCGACGGAGGUGGGUAGACGUAAACAAAAAACCAAGUGAGCACUUGAAAAUUUUGUAACAGUUUAUUGUAAUUUUCAUUAAGUCAAUAUGAAACAUCAAAAAGCAGGUCAGUUGUUCAUGUACAUUCAAUUACGAAUAUAUAGUCAGCUACAAAAGUCACUACAAAUGCUAAUGCAAUGCUAUUCCAUUAAAUACAUGCUUUUUUCCCCCCCAUUACAAACUGUAUUAUUAACUUAAUACUUAGAUUUGAAUUGAACAAUUAACAUUAAUUUCAGAGUCUUAGAUUUUGGGGUAUCCACCUUUUGAUUUAAUGACAGAAGCACUUUACACAAGUUUGUGUAAAACUGAUGAUCAGGUCCAUGUUUGCUUGUUUAAUUUCUGAUCCAGAAAUAGU